UACCUAAAAAAAAAUCGUAAACACUCAACAAAAUAACCCGAUUAAUGAUUUUUGGAAGCUAGUUAAUCAGUUAAAAUGUCGCUAAAUCCAGAAGAUGAAUUCUAUUCGGACCAUAAGUCACCGCCAAUUUUCGAAGAUUUAGGCGACCAAAUAAAGAACUAUCUACUGAAACCUGAAAGUCUGUCCAUCCAUAAGUGGGUGAGAUCCCAGGGAAAGUGGAACAGAUCUACUGAUUUAGAUUCAUUGUUCUUAACUGAUGAUUUGGAAGUUGAUACUACCCUAGAAGUUGUCUAUGAUGGUCUAACAGGAGAAAUAACAGGUCUACAAGAGGUAAGUAUACCAGUUGAAGAUGAUGAAGACUUUUCCAUGUCCAGAGCUCCUCUACCUCCUAGCCUGGCCACUAGGGGGAGCAUUAUGCAAGAUCCUUUCCUACCUGCUGGCUUUGAGGAGGAGUUGCAGCAAAUGCUUGAUGAAGCAGCCAAAAAUGGAGAGAUAUUAAUUGAUUUGGAGAAUGAUGAGCCAGGGAAAUUUCUUGGAGAAGAAAUUCUAACAACUGCACCCGGAGCAGCUGAAAGUGUUGUUUUCGCUGAUGGGGUGACAUUACUCAAUAAUGUGAACAAAGAUGCACCUAAAGAACUAAAGAGUGAAGAAAUUGAACCAAUCAAUUUUAAUUUUGAAGAGAUGAUUGAUAACAAUACACAUUUAGCUGGUCUUUGGCAAGAUGACAACGAACCUGUAAAGCCUGAACCAAAAAAACCUAAGCCGAAGAAAGAAAAUAUUGAUACAGAAGAAGAUGACAAUUUUCUUGAAUGCACUGUCAUACAUCCUGAAGUACCUGAACCUGAGAUACCAGUACUCAAUAUUACUAGCUCUGCAGCCAAAAUGGCGGUAACUUCUACUGAAUGGGCAGAAAUGAUAGAUGUUUCUAAACCUGUACCCGAGUUCAGAGAGAGAAUUACAGAAAUGGCACAUACUUAUCCCUUUGAAUUGGACACUUUCCAAAAACAGGCUAUAUUAAAGCUAGUAGAGGGGCAUCACGUUUUUGUUGCGGCCCACACAUCGGCUGGUAAAACUGUUGUGGCUGAAUACGCUAUCGCCUUGUCCAGAAGAAACUGCACUAGGGCAAUCUACACGUCGCCAAUAAAGGCACUAUCCAACCAGAAGUACAAUGACUUUAAUAGAACUUUUGGCGAGGUCGGCCUUUUGACUGGGGAUCUUCAGAUUAACGCCACGGCUUCCUGUCUCGUCAUGACUACGGAGAUUCUACGGUCUAUGUUAUAUUGCGGCUCUGACGUCACGAGAGAUCUGGAAUUCGUUAUCUUUGAUGAGGUCCAUUACAUUAAUAAUGCUGAGCGUGGCUACGUAUGGGAGGAGGUGUUGAUAUUGCUCCCGGCGCACGUAAGCAUAGUGAUGUUGAGUGCAACUGUACCCAACACGCUACAGUUCGCGGACUGGGUGGGGCGCACCAAGAAACGGAAAGUGUACGUUGUGUCAACACCCAAACGACCGGUGCCGCUUUGCCAUUAUCUAUACACAGGUUCCGGUGGAAAAUCUAAAAACGAGAGGUUCUUGGUCAUCGAUCAAGAAGGAAACUUCCGACUACGUGGAUAUAACGAUGCAGUCGCCGCUAAGAAGGCCAGAGAAAAUGAUUUCAAGAAAAACUUUGGACCUAAAGGUGGCAAACAGUUCGGAAACCCGAAGGCAGAGCAAACGAUGUGGGUAGCUUUUGUAGACCACCUUAGGUCGAAUGACAAGUUGCCCGUAGUAGCGUUUACUUUAUCACGCAAUAGAUGUGACCAAAACGCUGAGAAUUUAAUGUCAGUAGACUUGACAACGGCGAGGGAAAAGAGUCACAUAAGGUCCUUCUUCUCAAAAUGCCUGCAACGUUUAAAGGAGCCGGAUAGGCGCUUGCCUCAAGUUAUACGUCUUCAGCGUGUAUUGGAGAAUGGGAUCGGAGUACACCACAGUGGUAUUCUGCCGCUGUUGAAAGAAAUCGUUGAAAUGCUGUUUCAGACUGGCCAUGUUAAACUACUGUUCGCGACGGAGACAUUCGCGAUGGGUGUAAACAUGCCCGCACGUACUGUGGUUUUCGACGACAUUACCAAAUUCGACGGUUUGCAGUCCCGCAGUUUGGCGCCCGCUGAAUACAUUCAGAUGGCGGGCCGUGCUGGCAGACGAGGUCUUGAUGACACGGGUACAGUUAUAAUCCUAUGCAAAGACGGCGUGCCCGAUCAGAUGACGCUCAAGGCCAUGAUGUUGGGCACUCCCCAAAAGUUAUCCUCUCAGUUCAGACUCACAUACGCCAUGAUACUCAGCUUGUUGCGAGCGGCAACUGUAUCAGUGGAGGGUAUGAUGCAACGUUCAUUCCGGGAAUUCCAUCAAGUAUGCCAGGCAGACAAUUACCGCAAACAGUUACAACUAGCCGAAAAAGAGUAUUCCGAGAAAUGUACUGUUCCUUUAUCCUCACAUUUGGCACCGCUAGCCACUUUCUACGACACCGCAGUGGCUUAUAUAGACGUUUUGAAUGAAAUAAUGCCGAUCUUACUGAACCAGCCCAAGGUCGUGAAGGAAUUUGCGCCUGGGAAGGUGCUGAUAUUGUCCGCGGGUCCAUAUAUCAAUCAGUUGGGCGUUUUUUUGAACGGAAACGGGCCCCGACUGACUCCAUACAAGGUUUUAGUACUUGACACGGUCAAAGAAGACACCGUGCGGUACAAUUUCGACGUGGAUGAAAACUGGUAUCGAAUGCUGAGCUUCUCUGCGCUAUACGAUAAUAUAGGUACCGAGGAAAGCACAAUGGAUCAUACGAUAUUGUGCAUAGCACCAAAGAACGUGAUCGCCGUGACAAAGAUGAAUCUCAAAAUAGACGCCAACAAAAUCAUACAAGACUUCGAGCAGAGGCAAAUUCCGAGGUUUAAAGACGCGGCUGUCGGCCCAACCUGCGCAAGCGCAGUGCAGGAGUUAUCCAGAGUUUCUCACGCGGUUCGAACCGGCGCUACAACACUCGACAGGAUCAGCCUCACUCAGUCACUCGCUAUAUCUACCGGUGACAUAUUGCACGCACUCGAUAAAAUGAACAAGUUAAAGGCGGAACUAGACUCACUUAAGAAGGCCACAGAUAUAGCGAACUUCAAAAGCGAAUUCGCAGUAGUAUAUGAACGAAAGCAGACCGAAAGAAAUCGAGAUAAAUACAAACGCUUACUCUCAUUUGAAAGCCUUGCCUUAUAUCCAGAUUACCAAAGAAGACUUUUAGUCCUACGCGAACUAAACUAUAUAGAUGAACACGACAAUGUUAUCAUAAAAGGGAGAGUGGCUUGUGGUAUGGGAACGAAUGAGUUGAUAAUAUCCGAAUUAGUCUUCAGAAACGUCUUCACUGAUAAAGAUCCGGCUGAGAUUGCCGCCUUGUUGAGCUGUUUUGUUUUCCAAGCGAAAACUAGAGUGGAUCAAGUUCUGACGGAUAAAUUGGCUGCUGGAGUGGCGGCGAUUCAGGCGAUUGAUGAAGAGUUAUCCGCUAUCGAAUCUAAGUAUUUGGUAGGCCAAUUCGAGGGUCAAGGUGAGCGACUGAACUUCGGUCUCGUCAGGGUAGUUUACGAGUGGGCCCUCGAGAAACCCUUCGCGGAGAUUGUGGAAUUGACCGACGUGCAAGAGGGUAUCAUUGUUAGGUGUAUUCAACAACUUCACGAGCUUCUUGUAGACGUCAAAGACGCGGCAGUCGGCAUCGGGGACACAAUGCUUCAAGCCAAAAUGAUGGAAGCCUCCACCGCCAUCAAACGUGACAUUGUAUUUGCCGCCAGCUUGUACACAACGCAACGGGAGACUAUUACCAUAUAACUAAUAGGCAGCGGAUAACAGUUUUUAAACUAAGAUGAUGAAUUUAGCAGGGUUAACUUUAUAAAGCCUCAAAUUAUGUCUACCAUUUUCUCAUCCCAUUUCUAUAAGAUAAAUCGAGGAAAGGGUGCGUUCAUAAAAUACGUGAGAUGUUUAAGGGGGUAGGGGUUCGAGUUAAAUCUCAUCUAAUCUUACGCUGGAGAGAGGCCAAAUAUCACGCAAUGUUUUUUCUGAUUGAAACAAAAAAAAUAUAUACUUUUCAGUCCAUUGGUCUUUUUACGAUAACAAUCCAACGCGUUAACGUAAGAAACCCACAUUUUGAUAAUCUCACGUGAGAUUGGGGGAUGGGGGAGGGGGUCGAAUAAAAUCUCACGACAUGUGUGCGGAAGCGAGGGACUUAAAAAACACCUCAUGUAAUUUAUGGACGCCCACAAAUGGUGUAGACAUAAUUAUCUCGUAACGCAUCUGGGUAAGAUUACCCAAAUAUAUAUAGAUUUCCAAUUGAGUGAUAAUUAUUAUUAUGUAACUUACUUGAAAUAAAUAAAUAUUGAAUUUUGAUUUUUUUUUUUAAUUUUGAAUCAAUUAUUCGUGUUAGCGUUACUUUUUGUAUUAAUGCUAGAGAGAGAUAAGUAUGAACCAAAAAGUUAUGCGCAAAAUGUACUGUUUCUAUUGCUAAAUAAAGACAACCGUUUUAUAUAUUUAUUUU